AUGUCUUCACAAUCCCAUCACGGUCAUUCCGCGACGUCACGUCAAUUCCCCGUCUACAAUCCCGUCGCCGCAGUUACGGCACCUGCGGGGACCUUGCUUCCGGGCACCAAGAUCCAAGUCGGCGGCCAUCGCGUGGUAGUGGAGAAAUACCUCUCUGAAGGUGGUUUUGCCCACGUCUACGUAGUGCGAUUGCCCCAGCCAGUCAAUGGGUCCGAAACCGCAGUGCUGAAGCGGGUGGCCGUCCCUGACAAGGCGGCCCUUGCCAACAUGCGCACUGAGGUGGAAACCAUGAAGAAGCUCAAGGGUCACCGGCACAUUGUGAAGUAUAUUGAUUCGCAUGCCUCGCAGCUGCGCGGAGGUGGAUAUGAGGUGUUCCUGGUCAUGGAGUACUGCGCGGGUGGAGGUCUUAUCGACUUCAUGAACACCCGGCUUCAACACCGGUUGACAGAGCCGGAGAUUGUUAAAAUCUUCUCCGAUGUUGCUGAAGGUGUUGCGUGUAUGCAUUAUCUUAAACCGCCCCUCCUCCAUCGUGAUCUGAAAGUUGAGAACGUUUUGAUCUCGGGCAAGGGGAGUUCUGCCACAUACAAACUGUGUGAUUUUGGAUCAUCGGCACCCCCUCGUCCUGCUGCUACUUCUGCCGCCGAGGGCCGCUUGAUUGAAGAUGAUGUGCAGCGGCAUACGACGUUGCAGUACCGAAGCCCGGAGAUGAUUGAUGUCUAUCGGAAGCAACCGAUUGACGAAAAGAGUGAUAUCUGGGCACUUGGUGUGUUUUUGUACAAAUUAUGUUACUAUACAACCCCCUUCGAAGAGGUCGGUCAGAUGGCUAUUCUCAACGCGACCUUCAAAUACCCUUCCUACCCUUCAUUUUCGAGCCGGCUGAAGCUGUUCAUUGGCUCAAUGUUGAAGGAAGAUCCCCGCAACCGUCCCAACAUAUACGAGGUCGUGCGCGAGGUGUGUAAAAUGCAAGGAAAGGAAGUUCCUAUCAAAGACAUCUAUUCCAACCGCUCUGUUUCGGAAGCGCGCAAGUAUCAAGAGCUACCGCCUACACCCACGGAGGCUCCUGCGGUAGGCGCAGUAUUUUCGCCUCCGAUGCAGGAGACUGAGAUAAUCCCAGAGAUUGCGCCUAUGCGGCGUGGUCGACCUGGGAAAUCCCCGUCCCAGCCUAGCUCCGAGGGACCGAGUCCUUCGCCAUAUCGAGCCGCUGCCGAAGCCGAUCCGUUUGCAGCCCUGGAUGGGAGCGCAGCCCGAAAGAAGACGGCAGAGGAAAUGUCAAAACGUUUGACAUUUUGCAUGAAAAAAGGGGACAAGUUUGAAUUCGAGCCAACAGUUGAAUCUAAGCCAGAGGACGAGGAUCUAUCUCGAAGACUCACCAACGCCCUAGCCGAUGAUGCUUUUGCCAGACGUGUCUCGCCCGAACGUGCGCCGAAGCCAGUCUAUAAGCGAACAUCUCAAACUUCUCCUGUCCGAGCACCUAAUAUGCGUGAAAUUCCCGCCCCGCAGGCUGUUCCCUUGCACCAGCCAACUCCUCAGCGGCCCGCAAUGGUGUCGACGGGUACCAUGACCUCACCCAUCCAAACACCUCGUUUGCCGGAGCCAAAGCUGCCUAUUCGGCCAAUCUAUCGAUUCCCUUCGUCCGAUAAUGAACACAGAUCUUCCAGCGAGCCACUUACAACCGAGGAGGAACAAAGAGUGAUACGGCCGCAAAAAGCGCCAUCCCCCCGAUGUCGAUCUAAUUCUGCGCGCCCCUCGAUGGAAGCCCUGAGACGGCCUUCAGCAUUAGAGGUAGGUGAACCCGUGGGACGCUCUAAAUCCGCUCUUGGAAAGGCUCGACCACUAUCAGUCCAGGCGGGAGCGAGAUAUGACCUGCCGCGUGACUCUGAGAGUCCGCGGUCUUCGCUGGAUAUGCCCCGCCUACAAUACGAGGGCGGCGCACCACUACGCUCAGUGCGUACCGAAGUGGAUCGUCAGUCUGAUCGGACUAUCUCCUCUGAUGUCGAUUACCUACGCGCGAUGGAAGAAGAAGAGAGCAAUCGGAAGCGCGAAAAACGCUCUAGUGGUUCCCACAAACACAACAAGCGCGGUAGUCUGUCUACUUUAUCGCUUUCAGGAGGUAAGAACAUAUUUGCCGGUCGAUUCGGCGAUGCAUUCCGCCGAUUCGAGGCAGGCAAUCAAGAAAAAUCAUCGUCGCCAUCGGCAGAGGAUGUGCCCCGACAGGGUCUGCCUGGGGCACCGGAUUCAGCCGACGGAAGUCUUUCGCCAAAUGACGAUAUUGCCUUGGAAGACGUCGACCGGGACGACAUAUCACCGGAAAUGCGUCGGGAGCUGGAACGCCGCCGACUCUCCCAAGAGGAGAAACGAGUUGCCAAUGCCGCAGCUGAGUAUCGGCGCCGGGUUGCCGAAACGGGCGACGGGGGUGGAAGAGUGAUAAGCGAGGGUGCACGCUCGCGCACCAUUCAGAAUAAGGUACAAUCGUUGUUUGGAGAGUCUGAAAAACCGACCGUUCCAAAGACUGCCACUGGGUAUGGACGGUUCACAGAGACUUCCUCUUCUUUGCAGGCAAAGCAGAGUGAGGCCAGGCCCACCACCUCCAACCAGCUGUCCGCGUCCAACACAUCUGGCCCGACCUACACUCGUGAGGGUUCAAUGACAGUCCCGGAUCGCCUAGACGGCCCCAAGAUCUCUGCGGCUGUCCCGCAAUCUAUCGCCCCUACCAGUUACCCAUCCACGCAACGUCCCACAAAUCGACCAGCUGCACCACCCAAGCCCAAGAAUUUGCGCGUUGGCCCAUCCACCUCGCGACCAGGUACUGGUCAUGGCCAUGGUCCCUCCGAAGAGACUCCGGCAAGCCCUGGAGAGGACUGGGAGGUCAAAUUCAGCCAGCGUUUCCCAAGCUUGUCCGGACUUGAAAUGGAGACAGAGAUUAAGGUCCCAAAAAUUUCUAGCUUGAGGACGCGGGAAGUGUAG